UCUCUCCUCCUUUGUCUCUGAAGUAAAUGAAAAAGACAAAAACCAAAAAUCAAGACUUUGCUGCAACUUCUAACAUUCCAGAACCAUAAAUUAAAGCACUUCACUAAUCACUUGCGUAUUACUUUCUGGUGUUCUCAGCUUAAAGGGGUAUCAUUAUUUUGCUUUUAUAUAUGGGGAUGAGUUCUGUGAAGCUGCUGCUGGCGGCGGCUUUGUGGUUGGAAAUGGUGGCCGGAGCCGAGUAUGUCAGGUACAAAGAUCCCAAGCAACCAGUAGCUGCUAGAGUUAAGGAUCUGAUGUCCAGAAUGACAUUAGCUGAGAAGAUUGGCCAAAUGACCCAGAUUGAUCGAAGUGUUGCUACUGAACAGAUAUUGAGAGAUUACUCCAUUGGGAGUGUGUUGAGUGGUGGUGGGAGUGAGCCACUUCCGGAGGCUAGGGCCGAGGCUUGGAUCAAUAUGGUUAAUAGGUUUCAGAAUGGAUCUCUGUCUAGUCGCUUAGGAAUUCCGAUGAUUUAUGGCAUUGAUGCUAUUCAUGGACACAACAAUGUGUAUAAUGCUACAAUAUUUCCACAUAAUGUGGGGCUCGGGGCAACCAGAGAUCCUGAGCUGGUGAAGAAGAUUGGUGCUGCAACUGCUCUCGAAGUGAGAGCUACUGGGAUUCCUUACGUCUUUGCUCCAUGCAUUGCGGUAUGUAGAGAUCCAAGGUGGGGUCGGUGUUAUGAAAGCUACAGCGAGGAUCAUAAAGUUGUGGAACAAAUGACAGAUAUCAUACCUGGUCUGCAAGGAGAUAUUCCCUCUGGUUCACGCAAAGGGUUUCCCUAUGUCGGUGGAAAGGACAAGGUUGCAGCUUGUGCUAAGCACUUUGUAGGCGAUGGCGGGACAACUCGGGGCAUCAAUGAAAACAACACUGUGAUUGACAUGCAUGGGUUGCUUAGCACGUACAUGCCUGCUUAUGCUCAAUCGAUUAUCAAGGGUGUUUCAACCGUUAUGGUUUCCUACUCUAGCUGGAACGGACAAAAGAUGCAUGCAAACCGUGAGCUAAUUUCUGGUUUCCUCAAGAACACUCUUAAGUUUAAGGGUUUCGUAAUAUCAGAUUGGCAGGGAAUAGAUAAGAUCACCUCACCACCACAUUUGAACUAUACGUACUCUGUUCAAGCAGCGAUUCAAGCUGGCAUCGACAUGGUCAUGGUCCCCUACAACCUUACAGAGUUCGUACGUGAUCUAACUAAUCUAGUGAAUGGUAAAGUUAUUCCGAUGGACCGCAUUGAUGACGCAGUGCAAAGAAUUUUGAUAGUCAAAUUCACUAUGGGAUUCUUUGAGAACCCUAUGGCUGAUUUUAGUCUAGUUCCCGAGCUCGGAAGCCAGGCACACCGAGACUUGGCGAGGGAAGCUGUGCGAAAAUCACUUGUAUUGCUGAAGAACGGGAAACCCGGAAGUACUCCGCUACUGCCUCUUCCGAAGAAAGCAUCAAAGAUCCUAGUUGCUGGCACUCAUGCUGAUAAUUUGGGUUAUCAAUGUGGUGGAUGGACAAUUAAUUGGCAAGGAUUUAAUGGCAAUAACGACACGAGGGGAACAACAAUCCUUAGUGCCGUAAAAUCUACCGUCGAUCGGAGUACUGAAGUUGUUUACCGUGAAAGCCCUGAUGCCAACUUUGUGAAAUCUAACAAAUUUGAUUAUGCAAUCGUUGCUGUUGGUGAGCCCCCUUAUGCUGAGACUGCAGGGGAUAGCGCAGACCUUACGAUGAUAGACCCUGGCCCAAGUGUCAUUAAUGAUGUCUGUGGAAAUGUCAAGUGUGUGACUGUUAUUAUUUCGGGCAGACCCAUCGUGAUUGAACCAUAUGUUUCUGUUAUUGAUGCUCUACUGGCAGCGUGGUUACCGGGCACUGAAGGCCUAGGUGUGACCGAUGUCCUUUACGGGGACUACGGAUUCAGCGGAAAGCUUCCAAGAACAUGGUUCAAAAAUGUAGAUCAGUUACCGAUGAAUGUCGGGGAUUCACACUAUGAUCCGCUCUUCCCCUUUGGAUUCGGACUUAAAACUGAUUCGGGCACGAGCAUUGUUUCAAGGUCGAUCUCAUCUGUAGCUUCAAAAAGGCCUUGCUGGUUUAUCCUUCUGAUAACCAUCACUUUGAGUUUCUGUUUCACAGGAAAAUAGCUAAAUAAGUGAAAGUUUUACUUCAAAGACGGCUGCACCGAGGUGGUGGGAUUCGUUUGGAGCGGAGGCUGGACUGUUUAAGCAUUGCUCAACAUGUUAUGAUGUCAAAGCAAUGUCAAAUGUGAUGGUAGUAGCAGUUUCAGCCAUUCUCGGCUGUAGAAACCAUUGGUAUUCUUAACUUUUUAUCAACCAAUGUACUGAAUCACCUUUAUGUUACAAAUUUUUCGUUUAU